UCGCAGCCGGGACCGGCCGUUGAGGACAGACGGACGGGCCUAACAGGGCCACGCCGAGCCCGGCCCGGAGUGUCGAUAUUGCUCAGCAAUAUCUGUGAAAGAUGGGAGGUGCUGUGAGUGCCGGAGAAGACAAUGAUGAACUGAUCGAUAACUUGAAAGAAGCUCAGUACAUCCGGACAGAUCUGGUAGAACAGGCAUUCCGAGCUAUCGAUCGGGCAGACUACUACCUUGAAGAAUUCAAAGAUAACGCCUACAAAGACCUAGCUUGGAAACAUGGUAAUAUUCACCUUUCCGCACCGUGCAUUUACUCAGAAGUGAUGGAAGCAUUAGAUCUACAACCUGGACUAUCGUUUCUGAACCUGGGCAGUGGCACUGGUUACCUCAGUUCUAUGGUUGGACUUAUUUUAGGGCCUUUUGGUGUAAACCAUGGGGUGGAGCUUCAUUCAGAUGUCAUAGAGUAUGCAAAGCAGAAACUGGACUUUUUCAUCAGAACAAGUGACAGCUUUGACAAGUUUGAAUUCUGUGAGCCUUCCUUCGUUACUGGCAAUUGCUUGGAGAUCUCUCCAGACUGUACUCAGUAUGAUCGUGUAUACUGUGGUGCUGGAGUCCAAAAGGAGCAUGAAGACUACAUGAAGAGUUUGCUUAAAGUCGGGGGAAUUCUUGUUAUGCCUCUAGAAGAAAAGUUGACCAAGAUAACCCGCAUUGGACCUUCAGCCUGGGAAACAAAAAAAAUUCUGGCUGUUUCUUUUGCUCCUCUAAUCCAGCCCAAUCAUUCAGACUCCGGAAAGUCAAGGCUGGUUCAGUUGCCCCCUUUAGCUGUUCGCAGCCUCCAAGACUUAGCUCGCAUUGCAAUCCGAGGAACUAUAAAGAAGAUCAUCCAUCAGGAAGCAAUGAGCAAAAGUGGUAAUGGGCUCAAGAACCCUCCUAGGUUUAAACGAAAACGUGUCCGCCGCCGUCGCAUGGAGACCAUCGUCUUCUUGGACAAAGAGGUCUUUGCCAGCCAUAUUUCCAACCCAUCCGAUGAUAAUAACAACUGUGAGGAUAUCGAAGAGGAGAGGCGGGAAGAGGAAGAGAGGAGUAUUCCUGAACUGAAGCCAGAUCCACCUGUAAACUUUCUAAGGGAGAAGGUCUUGAGUCUACCCUUGCCUGACCCUCUGAAAUAUUAUCUGCUUUAUUACAGAGAAAAAUAAGUCUCCUAUUUAUAUAGUAAGGGGUGAAUGAGGAGAAAAAGAAUAGUUGUUAGGGCUUGACAAAUGUAUACCACUUGCUUGCCUGUUAACAUUACAACACCUGGCAGUAGGCUGGCUGUCUGAAGAAUGUGACUGCUGUAUUUCGCGAACAUCAUAGUUUUUUCUUGUUGUGUUUUUUUUUUCUUCUCCUGCUUGACUGUCUGGUCUAUUUUUUGUCUUUCAGCAGGAUUUACAUAAAAAGUGAGCUGGUAAAAUGUGAAAUUACCUGGAAACAACAAUUUCAUUUACCAAAACAAAGUCAAUCUUUUGAAGUUAUAUAUUUUUCAGCUGUGCUUUAACAAAACUGCAGUUUUAAAAUGUUCCUAAGCAGACCCCCAAAGAUGGCGCUUUUCCAUUCACCGUGACCAACUCUCCCGCAGAUAGUAUUUACAGUGUGAAUUCUGAAUGAAAACAGGUGAUAUAAAAUUGCUGAUUUGGCCACAGUACUCUAAAAUUGCCCAGAUCUUAAUUCUGAAGAAAAAUAGUGUCUGUCUCAUAAGUGCUAACUACAAACUUUACCUUAUUGAAUGGAAAUAAAGUUUUGUUUGUAUUUACCUGAUGAUUAAAGAACUCUGAUGGAAGUUGCCAGGUGUAAAGUGUAUGGAGAUGAGAAAUGGGUGUAUUGCGUAGGUAAAUUAAUCUUAAGGGUAUCAAACCAUUCAGCUGAAUUGGUAUUUAGUCCCAGAGCAGUGUGAGGGUGUAAUAUAGAUUCCUCCCGCCCCCGCAGCUUUAUUUGCAACUUAAAAGGUCUGAAAACAUGGUUUGAAGGGUCAAGCAAAGAGGAAGAAAUGAUAAAAUGAAAGCAGCAUAUUCUUUAAGUGUAAGCUAGGAUUUCAGCCAAACUGAAUAGGUUGAGAUGCAGACAGAGGUAUUACGUUGGCUUGAAUCAAAAGAAACAGACAUUUCUGAAUAACUAUAAUUAGUCAGUUUCUUGGAGUGGGUGGAAAAUGAAGAGUUUAGAAAACUGACACUAAUGCUACGGAUCGGUUUUGCCCCCAUUUGAAAUUUUUCUGUAGCUAAGGAUGUAGGCGAUUGAUGAAUAAAUACUCUUUGUAAUUCAGGAGGAACAGGAUUCCAUUUUUGUUAGAAAAAAACAUCUGCGAAAGUUUGUUAAUGUCGGAUGGCUUUAGCUAGCCUUGAAAUGUAAACUGUAAUAUUUUUUCUCAGAAUAUAUUAAAGAGAAGAUUGUAACAGUAAUGCUUUGAUAUUUCAAAGAAGGAAGAGUGCCCAAGGAGGGUAAAUAACAUGAUUUUCCUACUUGUCCAGGAAGUAGCUUAAAAAUUAUAACAUUUAGCCUAAUUAUCUAAGACCAUCACAUUGACUGGCUCCAAAGGAUUUAUGUGUAUUUUACUACUUUUUAAAACUGAAUAUUAGAAAAGAUGUAUAUAAACCUGAAUCCUAAAACUGUUUUACGAAAUGAGGCCCACAGUUCUCAUGGACUUUUGAGUUCUGAGCCAGGUUCUGAGAGCUCUUUUAGAAAUCACAAUUGAAGUCAAACACAUCCAGUUUAAUUAUAUUGGUUGACUGACUUAAAAUUUCCAGACUUUUUUGCCCAAUUACUUAUUAGUGACUGCUCAAACAUUUUUCCUCACUAAUAGAGGUUUGAGUUGCUGAAGAAGUGGUGUGUUUGCUACUCUGGGCCCAAACACCAUAUUCAAAUUGACUUAAGAAAAUUUGGUCCAUUGGUGUACUCUUGGGCAUUUUGAUCCAGUGUUGAAAUACCUAAUUUUUAGAUUUCAACCCUAGAAAAAUGCUAUCGUGUCACAGGCUCAUUGAGUGAUAUAUCUGUCUACAAAUGUAGACAGAUAUAUCGUUAUUAUAUAUCAUAUUAUAAUGGUCAUGAACAUCUUGGAGAGAUGUGAUCAAAAUUAUAUUUGAGGCAUCUAUUACAUUUGCAUUAUAGAAAAUAGAGUUGAACAUUUUCCCAUUGGCUCUGUUCAUGUCUUUUUUAAUAAUUAUAUCAAGGUGCUUGUCUAGUUUUCAUAUUUACCUUUUUUAUCACACUGCUAGAUUUUUAAGAUUCUUCAAAAAAUCUUUCGAUUAUCAUUUUCCCUUAAUACAGUAUGAUUAAAACUGAAAUUUCCACAUGCUUUGUAUUUUCUUGUAGUCUAGGUGUGCUGUGUGAAUUCAAAAAAGGUAAAAAAAAUUGCAAAUGUAAUAUAGGACUGUGAAAUAGUGAAGUUUUAGUGUAUAAAGAGGGGGAGUGUAAAGAAAAUUUUCCCUGUGCAUAAGCACUUACACCCUUCUUCAGUACAGUGUUCUUUGCGUUCUUUUUUUUAUUCCUGCUUCUAAGCAGUUGCUUAUGUUACUGUUUUUGUGUAGUCUACAGGUCCUAUAUUGAAUAUAUUGCAGCCUGCUUUUCUGACAUUGUUUACUUUUGUGUUCUGACUAGUCUACGUUACAAAAUUAUGUGACCGUAGUUUUUGACAGGAUAGUAAGAACAUAGGCCGUGCAAAACUUCAAAUGUGUAACUCUGAAGUCUGUAAGUUAAAACUUAAAUGUGUAUAUAGUAACAAAUCAACUUUGCUGAUCCGGAGUUUGCAGAAACCGUUAAAAGCGAGCAGUUUGAAAUGUGAAUUUUUUUUGAGCUCAUAUUCCUGGGUGCAAAGAUUGUACAUCAAUAAAUGUAGCAAAGAUUUUAGCUUAGCAUUUCCUUCGCUCUUUAUACUGCAUUUGCAUACUUUUACAAACUUUUUCUUUUCAAAACUACAGGAAAAUAGUUUUGCUUUUUAACAAUCCAAGUCCGUAGUGUUAAGUACAAUUGUGUUGGCAUCCUGCCUUUCUUUUCUAAGUCAUUUUUCACUCAGCCAGUUGACAUCUGUGUUUGUAACUAACUUCUUGACCACUGAACAUGAGAAUAAGAAUAAUAACAAUUGUACUUACCACUGUGUUACAUGUGUGACAGUUUAAUAGUGCAUUUACACGUAAGCUGACACAGGUUGGCUAGAUACUCGGUAGAACCCAGUAAAGCCGGUAUUCAAAAUUUCAUUGUUAACUAAGAAUGCCCCUGAGAGUCUCCUUGGACUUUAUCUGGAAAUUCAUGAGAUAUCAACCAAAAGCAAGGCAGAGUGGAUGGAUAGGAGUAGACGGUUGAGGAGAAGGGGCAUGGUGCGUGUGGUGAGGAGUCUGAUGUAGUUAGCUCACAGUUCCAUAACCUGUGAAAGGAAAUGCAUCAAAGUGCAGUAAACUUAGAUGGGGAUUUUAGCUGGGUUGGCCUAGGUUUAGUUGUAUUUAAAGUGAGAAGAUUCCAGGAAAUGUAGUCAAAUAGAAGCAGCAUGACCUAGUGAAAAGUGUACCAGAAGAUCUGAGUUUGUCCUGACUCCAUCACUUGUCUGCU